CGAAAGUUAGUUGCUGAAACAGUCACAGGGAACGAUGGAUAUCCAGUUUAUCGUCGGCGUUCAAAAGAAGAUAACGGUCGAACUAUCAAAGUUAAAGUUCAAAAUCAAGAGAUUGAGAUCGGAAAUGAAUUCAUUGUACCAUAUUGCCCGCUGCUAUCACGAAUUUUCGAAACACAUGCAAACGUUGAGAGUUGUCAUUCGGCCAAAUCAAUCAAAUAUUUGUGCAAGUACGUCACAAAAGGCAGCGACAUGGCUGUGUUUGGUAUUGCGUCGGAAAAUGUGAAUGACGAAAUCAGCAACUUCCAAAUGGGCAGAUACGUCAGUACUAAUGAAGCACUGUGGCGAUUAUUGUCAUUUCAAAUUCAUGAAAGAUAUCCCACAGUUGUACAUUUAGCAGUGCAUUUGGAAAAUGGCCAAAGAGUUUACUUCACUGAGGCUAAUGCGGCACAACGAGCUGAGAGACCACCAUCGACAACAUUGACUAGCUUCUUUGCAAUGUGUGAAGCAGAUCCAUUCGCAGCGACGCUGAUGUACGUUGAAAUGCCCAAGUAUUACACUUGGAAUCAAUCAACAAGAAAUUCAAACGUCGCAAACAAGGAACCCCAGUUCCAGACUGGCCACAGGUGUUUUCAACUGAUGCACUAG